AUGGCUGAGAUUACUAAGAGUUAAUCAAUAAAAUCUGAAUACUGGACUGCUGCUUUUAUUGGAAUUUUGAAAUUUGUUAUUUUCAGCUUUUAUGGUAUUAACCUUUGGAUAGCUACUAUAUACAUCGAUGAACAAAGAAUAAACCCAAAUACUGGCAAAGUUUAUACAAUAGGAAAUAUUUUCACAAAUAUAUUCAGCAUUUUAAAUUGUACUUCUAUGGCAUUUCAACUAAUUCCUAAUAUAUAAGCAAUAGUUAAAGCUAAAAUAAUUGGGAAGUAAAUAUUUGAUGUGAUCGAUAGAUAAAGUCCAUAAAAGCAAUUAGUCAAACAUCAGGAAUAAUUGCCUAAUUUCUCAACAAUAACCUUUAAAAAUAUAACAUUCAAAUACUCUUCAUAGUAGAAUGAUAUGCUGUAAAAUAUUAAUCUACUUAUAAAGGGAUAGACAUCCACAGUCAUAGUUGGAGCUUCAGGAUCUGGAAAAAGUACUAUAAUUUAACUGCUAGAAAGGUUUUAUUCGCCAAAUCUAGGUGAAAUUCUAAUUGAUGACGUCAAUAUAAAUAAUAUUUCACUUAGAGCUUUGAGGGAGUCUAUUGGCUAUGUCUAGCAAGAGCCGAUAUUACUUCAAGGUACAAUAAGAGAUAACAUUUUAUUCGGAAACAAAGAUGCAACUGAAGAAGAAAUUCAGAACAGUUUAAGAAAAGCAAAUGCAUCAUUUGUGUUCGAUCUCGAAAAUGGAGUGGACACGUAUGUUGGUACCAGUUCAUUAGUUAAUCUAUCUGGUGGUCAAAAGCAAAGAAUUGCAAUUGCAAGAGCAUUGUGA